AUGCAUCCAUUUACAUAAUAUCCUCAAUUCUUCUAAUGUAUUGAAUCAUUCUAUUGUAUUAGACUCUCAUCCUUUUCAUUAUACUUAGCCUCAAAUGCAGUAAUUUAAUACUUAUCAACAUUAACUCUGCAUAAAUAAUUAACUAUGGUUAAAUUACUAGAGAGCUCAAUAAAGCAACAUUAUUUUUGAAGGUUCUAAUCUAAAUUCUUCAAUGAUCAAGCAGGAAAACUUUAUUAAACAAGAAUAAUGCGUCUUAAAAUAGUCUGACUUUAAACCAGUAUAAAUCAUAACAAACCAUGAAAAUAGUAAAUCUGUCCAACCUUCAGAAAAAAAACUAAAUAAUAAACAAAACAAGAACAAACGCAAAGGGAAAAAGUCAACUAAAAGAAAAUUAUACAACAUAGGCAUAUUUUUUAAUUUAAUUUUAUAGGUCAUUGGACAACUAAGGAGCAUAAUUUAUAUUUGUGUUUUAUAGAAAUGA